CGGGUAUGUUAAAGGAUGCAGGGAAGCGUGUCGAGAGAAUUCGGAGGUCUGGCGCAUUCACACAUUCACAGCGGCAAACGCGUGUCCGCUGCGCGCGCUCGACGCUCCUGGCUGCUGCGGAGACGCCGGAGGCGCCUCGCCCUGGGUCUCCCCGGCAGGUCUCCUUCUUCCUUCGGAGGAGGAGAAUGGAGGAGGAGGGAGCCUCCUGAUUGGCCGGAGCAUCUGCCGGGGCCCCCAAUUAAAGUGCAGCGGGAGGAGGGGGAGGAGGAGGACGACGACGACGAAGAAGAAGAAGAGGAGGAGGAGGAGGCGCCGUCUUGGCUGCUGGAGCCGGGCGGCAGGAUGGGCAGCCGCAUCACUUUCUUCGAGGUGGAAAUCCUUGAUUGGAAGACAAAGCAACAACUAUGCUUUUUGGAAAAGGUUGAGCCACGUGCUACAAUAAGUGAUAUUAGACUAAUGUUCCAUAAAAUAUAUCCCCAGUGGUAUCCAGCAAGGCAGUCUAUGAGACUUGAUCCCCAAGGAAAAUCACUGAAGGAUGAAGAAAUUAUCCAGCUGCUCCCUGUUGGCACAACUGCUACACUCUAUUUUAAAGAUUUAGGGCCCCAACUAGGAUGGACUAUGGUGUUUCUAAUAGAAUAUUCGGGCCCAUUGUUCAUCUAUUUUGUGUUUUAUUUCCGCAUGCCUUUUAUCUAUGGCCUGGAUGACAGGUUUACCACGAGCCGACAUCCAGUAGUUAACUUGGCAUGUAUCUGCCAUUCUUUCCACUACAUCAAAAGGUUGAUUGAAACAAUAUUUGUUCAUCGGUUCUCCCAUGGGACUAUGCCACUGAGGAAUAUUGUUAAGAACUGUGCGUAUUAUUGGGGAUUUGCUGCCUGGCUUGCUUACUAUAUUAACCAUCCUCUUUACACACCACCUUCUUAUGGACAAAAACAAGUCAACUUUGCGCUGAUCAUGGUUUUUACCUGUGAAGCCGGAAACUUUUCUAUCCAUGUUGCGCUUAGUAAUCUCAGAAGAGAUGGUAAAAGAUCCAAGACCUGUAAGAUUCCUUACCCAACAAAGAAUCCUUUCACGUGGCUAUUUUAUUUUGUGUCCUGCCCCAACUAUACUUAUGAGCUGGGCACAUGGAUUGGUUUUACUAUCUUGACUCAGUGCGUACCAGUGGGAUUGUUCACCUUACUCUGUUUCAUUCAGAUGACAGUCUGGGCAAAAGACAAGCAUGGCACCUAUAUACGACAAUUUAAGGAUUAUCCUAGCCUUAGAAUGUCCAUCAUUCCUUUCUUACUUUAAAGAACAAGAGGUUUUUUUCUCCCAUCCUGAAUUUUAGGAAGCAAAGUCAAUGGACCGUACUGAGACACUUGCAGAAAAAGGAUAUACUGUUAUGAAGUGAUAAUGUAAAUGAAAAAUAUUGAGUGCAUGCUAAAAUUAUUCUGCUAUGAGAAGUACCAUGGGCUCAAAGACCACAUCUCAGGGUUUUGUGUUUUUGUUUUCAGUAUUAAUUCCUGGGUUUUUUCCCCUAUUGCCGCCUUGGUAGCGAAGAAUGUUUGGAGCUAACUCAGUCUGGCUGGUGAGGCUUAAAAAAAUUAAGGAAGAGAGGAAGUAUGACAAUUUGCCAUGUCUGGAAUUUCAUCAAAUUGCAUAUUCUGGGGAAUAUCCAAAAAGGAAGUCUCCAGAUGGGAUUGCAUAUAAUAUCCAAGGCACAGACAGUUGCAUGGACUAUCUCGAGAAAGCAUUUGCUCUUGCAAAUACUUUUAAAAUGUCAAUAAUAGUGUUACAGAGAGAGACUAUUAGAACUGAGAAAAGCCAGUAUUUUAUGUUAAGGGUAAUAAUUUGAUAACAGCGUAGUUGGGACCAUACUAUUCCAGGACUGUAUCACUUGAUUAUCUGUGUUUUUUAGUCUUGGAAAACGUUUUUAUUCUGCAAUUCUGUCCACAAGUACUUGAUGGUAAUGCUUACUGAACUCAAUGGAAAUUACUUCCAAGUAAAUAUAUACAAGUGUGGGACACAUGUUCAGUAGACAGACUGAAGCUGAAUUGUAGUCCUCAGAGAAGAUACCCAGGUCUCCCAAAUUGGAAAGAACCGUCUAACUCUCCCAGGUUAUGAUUUUGCCUAUAGUGGUCAGUAUGUUUCAUGAAGGCUCUGGAAACAUCAUUUGAAGAAAUGGGGACAAUAUUGUCUCAGACUUUAUGUAGGACUUUAGCAACAAAGAUUUAUUUGUCUAGAAACAAUGUACAGAAUUUUUCCACUAUUUGUAAAGAGAAUAUGCAAUAAACUCGAGCUUAUAUUUUGAA